CUGAGAUCUCUGCUCUUCUCUCUAAUUCUUCGAAUUCGAAUUCGAGAGAGAGAGAGAGAGAGAGCGCGAGAGGCAUUCUAUUUUGAUGGAAUCAAUUUCACCGCCGAUCGGCGUAAAAUUUGUUGCUUCAUCAGUGAAGAAGCCUUCUUGUAAUGUCAGGUUUUCUGGUUCUGUUGCUCCGCGAUUAAGGAAUUUUGAUAGAAUUUGCAAGACUAACCGUGUUUUUGCGGAGAAGAAGAAUCCAGCAAUCGAUUUCAGUGAUCCUGACUGGAAGACUAAGUUUCAGGAGGAUUUCGAGAAGCGAUUCAACAUUCCUCAUCUUACUGACACCUUUGACGACCUCGUUCCCAUUCCGUCUACCUUUUGCCUCAGGAGCAGGCCUCCUGUGAAUGAGGAUUUUGUAGAGGGAUAUCCAUCAGAUGAGAAAUGGCAUGGAUACAUAAACAAUAAUGAUAGAGUGCUUCUUAAGACCAUAAACUACUCCUCGCCUACAUCUGCUGGCGCUGAAUGCAUUGAUCCUAAUUGUACCUGGGUGGAGCAGUGGGUUCAUCGUGCGGGGCCGCGGGAGAAAAUAUACUUCAAACCAGAAGAAGUGAAGGCAGCAAUUGUAACUUGUGGUGGGCUUUGUCCUGGUCUCAAUGAUGUUAUCAGACAGAUAGUUAUUACACUUGAAAUCUAUGGUGUAAAAAAGAUUAUUGGGAUCCCUUUUGGUUAUCGUGGCUUUUUCACCGAGGGAAUACGGGAAAUGCAGCUAUCUCGUAAGGUUAUUCAAAAUAUUCACCUUGCUGGUGGGAGUUUAUUAGGAGUUUCACGUGGUGGUCCGGAUGUCAGUGACAUUGUCAAUAAUAUGCAGGAAAGAGGAAUAAACAUGCUCUUUGUCUUGGGUGGAAAUGGUACUCAUGCUGGUGCUAAUGCGAUACACAAUGAGUGUCGUAAGAGACGGAUGAGAGUAGCUGUUGUUGGUGUCCCAAAAACUAUUGACAAUGAUAUUCUUUGGAUGGAUAAGACCUUUGGUUUUGAUACUGCUGUUGAAGAAGCACAACGAGCAAUAAAUUCUGCCUACAUUGAGGCACAUAGUGCUUACCAUGGGAUUGGCAUCGUAAAAUUGAUGGGCCGAAGUAGUGGAUUCAUAGCCAUGCAUGCAUCCCUAGCCAGUGGACAAGUUGAUGUAUGCUUGAUACCUGAGGUACCUUUUUAUCUACAUGGCCCUCAUGGUGUUUUGAAUCAUCUGAAUUUUCUUCUUGAGACAAAGGGAUCAGCUGUGGUUUGUGUAGCUGAAGGAGCUGGACAGAAUUUAAUUGAGAAGACUAAUGCUACUGAUCCGUCUGGAAAUAUUAUACUUGGUGAUGUUGGCGUCCAUAUUCAACAAGAGACGAAGAAGUAUUUUAAGGAGAUUGGUUUUCCGGCUGAUGUGAAGUAUAUUGACCCCACAUACAUGAUCCGUGCAUGUCGAGCAAAUGCAGCUGAUGGCAUUCUCUGUGCCGUUCUAGGACAAAAUGCUGUUCAUGGAGCGUUUGCUGGAUAUAGUGGCAUUACAGUGGGCAUAUGCAAUACUCACUAUGUCUACUUCCCAAUUCCUGAAGUCAUUUCUUACCCUAGGCAGGUGGAUCCAAACAGUCGCAUGUGGCAUCGGUGCUUGACUUCAACAGGCCAACCAGACUUUGUUUGACUGUGAGAUCACCAUCUCCUUUUACCCAUUUAUCACUAUGGAGAGCAUCAACCUUAUAUGCUUCCAUAUGUGUAUAUUAGAGAACAAGAAAGCCAGCUUUAAUCCUUCAAAAGAAGGUCAUGGAAAUUAAGUCUUCUCACUAAAUAGUGUACUACAAAUAAAUAGUACAACAGGAAAAGCAGUGGUACCA